AUGAAACGAACGAAACAGCAAGACAAUAACCUAGUUCAAAUUUUAAAUAGUAAUAAAAAACGAAAAUUAGACAAUCAAAUUUCAGUAAAAACGAUCAAUUCAAACGAAUUUCUUUUGGAAGAUUUACCCAAUGAAAUUCUUUAUAAAAUAUUUGAAUAUCUUGAUUCAUAUGAUAUUUAUAAAGGUUUUUAUAAUCUUAAUAAACGAUUUCAAAAUUUAUCUAUUAAUUCAAAUGUUUUAACUAAAAUCAACAUUUCAACAAUAUCAAAAUCAAAUUUCGAAGAUUAUUAUCGAAUUAUUCUUCUACUAAAUCGAAAUCGAAUUAAUUUUCUUGGUUUAAUAAAUCCAUUUGCGGCUGAUAUUAUUUUCUCACCACCAGAUCAGAUUUUAAAUUUUGUUCAUCUUGAAACAUUGAUUAUAGAUCAUAUAGAAAGUAAUAGUUUUUACAAAUUCUUUGAUUAUUUUAUGAAAUUAUCUAAUCUCCAUUCAUUAAUUAUAUCUUUUGGCGAACGUAUUUUGAAAAUAGAUAAUAUUUUUGCUCAAAUAUUUCGUUUAUCAAAAUUAAAAUAUUGCAAAAUUAAAUAUAAUAUACAAUAUUAUACAGAAUUUUUUUAUUCUUUUACUGAAUAUGUUUCUAGUUCAAUAGAAUAUUUAAUAAUCAAUGGUCCUUUUCCAUUUGAAGCAUUUCAUAAUUUGUUAUGUUUUCUUCCUAAACUUCAACAUUUAUCAAUUUGUGAUCUUGAUUUAUUUGAUGAUAUUCACAUCGAAUAUCAAUUAUCUCCUGUUCAAUUAAAAUGUUUACGGCAUGUUUCUAUUAAUACUAGUGGAAUACAUUUUAAUGAAUUUGAGAAAAUUAUCAAAGAGUUUUUUCAUCAUGUGCAAAUUUUACAUUUAACAACAUAUUUUACAGGUGCAUAUUUAAAUACUCAACGAUGGCAAAAAUUAAUUGUAUAUCAUAUGCCAUAUUUACGUGUAUUUAAUAUUGAUUGUGAAGAAUUUCUAGAAUAUGAUAUUUCAUGUUAUGAUAAUGUUACUGAAUUUAAAUCUUGUUUUUGGAUUAAAAAUAAAAGUUUUUUUGUAAAUCAAUAUGAAUGGAACGAUCAAUCUUUUGGUGGUGUUAUAUAUUCGUCUGAUCUAUAUCGAAGAAAAGAUUAUAAGUUUUAUUGGGAAAUAGAUAAACUAUUCAGUUUGCAUCAUCAACAAGAAAAUCUAAAUUCAAUCGAACAUCUUCAUAUUGGAAGUGAUUUAGAAUUCAAUUGUCGAAGAUAUUUUUCAAGUGUUAAUCGAUUAACUAUUGAAAAUCAUUCUAAAAUAUCAGAUGGUGAUUCAUUUAUAACAAAUCUUAAUCAUAUGGUUUCUUUAAAACAACUUACAAAAUUAGUUAUUAGAACUUUUGAUUUUACAUUCGAACAUAUUAUUAAAUUAUUACGUUUAACACCGAAUUUAUGCACAUUAGAUUUUAGUGAACCACCUUUGUGGACAAUUGAUUCAAAUGUCAUUCAACAAAAUGUACCUUUUCAAUAUACAUUAACGGAAAAUAAAAUCGAAAAUUUAGUCGUUCAUGGUAAAUGUUCAUUGAAUCAAAUUCAAUUCCUUGUUAAUAUAUUUUCAAAAUUAAAAUACCUUAAAACUGACAUCAAAGAAACAGAAAUUCGAUCAAUAAUUCGGUAUUUAUUAUCAAAAACUCAUAAUAAAACACAAUAUUUAGUUUAUUUAUGUAUUUCAACUGCUCAAAAGAAUUGGUUAGAAGAAGUAGACGAUUUAAUUAAAUUAGACAAUUUACUUAGCAAUUACUCUAUUAAAUAUAUUUGGAAUGAUUUACAUUUAUGGUGGUAAAAACUUAUUUACUUAGGACUUGUUUUAUCUACUUGUUAUAUACCAUCAGAAAAAAAAAUAGUUAGAUUUUGUAUUCCUCAUAUAUUGUCGCAAUAAAAAUACAUUUUUUGAAAAAUUAAUUACUUAUUUUGAAAGCAAGCGAAAUUUUCUAUCGUCUUAUAUAUUUAUGUUUUAUUUAGCACUUGUUCAUGAUCAAAUUAAUUGAGUGCAAUGAAAACACCUUCAUGUCGAGAUUUUCACAGACUUUAUUUUGUUACUGUGAUCGAAAUUUCAUUUCUCCAAAAAAGCAAUUAUAGAUUGCAAUGCAAGAUGAAGUUCUCUAUCAUUCUAUAUAUUCAUUUGUAGAAAGAAAAACUUGAAAACAAUGAACAUGUGGUCAAUUGACAAGUAUCCAAAAUUGCUGUUUUUCUCUUAUUUUUUUAAAUAUAGUUAUUGUGAAAACAAAGAAUGGGGGCGCAUAAGGGCCAUUCUUGGGCCAUCGUCAGUUUCCCUUUAUUCAUGACUUUCGUUGUGCAGAAUUUCACGAGGAAUAGUUUGAUAAAGAAAUAAAGCUAUUUUUGAAGGAUCUAGACCCAUUUUUGCUCAAAAUAUUGAUAUUCACUUUUUUACCAUAAAUGGGUAAUUUAUACGUAAAACAGUGCACUGUAUGAAUUUUUUCGUAGAAAGACAUUUUAAACCGAAAAGUACAUCAACCGACAAUCCGUUCUCUAGUCUAUCUAUGGUAAAAAUUUCAGUUCGAACGGUUGAACUGCUCCUGAGUUGCGAUGUCAAAUUUGUUUCGUAUACACAUGAGAAUCAGGUAAUUAUAUUAUCACUUCUAUUCACAGUUUUCUUAAUAUCUCGAGAAAGGGAUAAAAACCAAAUGGGCUUUUGAUUGGUUCUGAAACAUCGAAGAAAGGGCUACAAAACUAUAUACUUUUUGUUUUUUCUUUAAAGUGAACUUUGUUAAAUAAGACAAUGUGACUUUUGUUUAGAAACCAGUUUUUCUAGUUUUUAACUAGUAUUGACACAGAUCAAUCAGAAAAAGUACGUUUUUGGUCGAAACUAAUAACAUAUUUGAAAUCAUCAUUAAAAGCUGAGUGAGCUUAUAUAUGUUUCACAGUUCUUCUGCGAAAUUUUUUAUUCUCGAAAAAAUUGACCUGGGGUUCCCCCCUCAGCAAACAGUCAAAAAUGGGUGUAAUUAAAAUACCAAUUUUAUUGCUUAUUUAUUCCACAGUUUUAUGUCCUUUUGCCUUCUAUUAACUUUUUAUAAGCUCAGAACUUAUUUUCCACUAUUUAAAGGAUGUUUUCAUUAAGCUCAUUUUUUGACUGGUCCCUGAGGGUGUCGGUGUGGUUGUGGGGUGUGGUUGUGGGGUGUGGUUGUGGGGUGUGGUUGUGAGUGUCGACCUCUAAUGAACUGAAAUACUCACACCCACAAUCACACCAACACCCUCAAGAUAGCCACAUCCACACUCCGCCCACACCCACACCCACCCACACUAGUGGUGGAGCUAGCGGUAGCUGAGCUCCCUCUAGAAACUUCCGAGCUUCCCCUAGAAAAUUUUAGCUCCAUUUGGAUUGUUAAGCUUUCGCCAUUAAAGAGUUGCAAUGUACAGGGUGUAUAAAAAUAUUUUUCUAAGGGAGCAACACUGUAGUUUCAAGUACCAUUCAUAACAAAUUUUAUAAAAAAUUAAGGUCCAUCAAAAAUGGAAUUUAUUGAUACUGAAUAGUAAGGGCUAUGACAAGCUUUCAGUGUCAAAUUCAGGGAAUUUCUAGAAUAUGGUGUGGGUGUGGGUGUGCAUGUGACUUAAGUGGAGAGCUAGAGGGUGUGGGUGUGGGUGUGGGUGUGGGUGUUCUUUGUAAUACGCCGACACUUACACCCACAUCCACACCCACACCCACAUCCACACCCACACCCACAUCCACACCCACACCCACACCCACACCCACACCCACCCCCACCCACACCCCCACCCACCCCCACCCACACCCACCCACACCCACCCACACCCACGCCCACCCACCCACACCCACGCCCACACCCACCAUCCACACCCACGCCCACCCACAACCACAUCCACCCACACCCACGCCCACCCACAACCACACCCACAUCCACCCACACCAACGCCCACACCCACACCCACACCCA